GGAUUUUUCUUUUCAGGGUAAAGCUAGAACUCGAACAAUAAAACAAUGUCUUUAGCAGACGAAUUACUCGCAGAUCCCGACUUUAUAUCUACCCGAGAUGAGGAAGCUGCUGACGACGAUCAAAGUGACAAUAAUGACUCUGAAGACGUUCUUAUGCGAGAUCUAGAAGAUUUAGAAGAGGAAGAGCACAUGGAAGAGAACGAUGAACCAGAGGAAAACAAAAAUGUGAACAGUGAAGUCGAAAUGAAAUCUGUUAAAGAUGUGAAGAAAGUAGCCAAAUUACUCAGUUCUAGACAAAUGAGAGACAUCUUAACGAAAAUUGAACAACUUAAAGAUACAAAUCGUUCUCAGACACAAAUAAUGGGACCUGUCGAAGAAGAUCCAGAAUAUAAACUUAUAGUUCAAGCUAAUAAUUUGACUGUAGACAUUGAUAACGAGAUUCUAGUAGUUCAUAAAUUUAUAAGAGACCAUUACGCUAAAAAAUUUCCUGAAUUAGAAUCAUUGGUCCUUAAUCCGUUAGAUUACACCAGAGCCGUCAAGGCUAUAGGAAACGAAAUGGAUUUAACUAAAGUAGAUUUAAGAUCUAUUCUACCCUCCGCCACCGUUAUGGUAGUUACUGUUACAGGAUCUACUACUAACGGUCAAAAGUUAACUGAUGAAGAAAGUAUGAUUGUUAGUGACGCUUGCGAUAUGGCAUUGGAAUUGGAUGCUGCUAAAAGAAAGAUUUUAGAAUAUGUAGAGUCUAGAAUGACGCUCAUUGCGCCUAACCUUUCAGCAAUUGUAGGAAGUACAACUGCAGCUAAAAUGCUGGGACAGGCUGGUGGAUUAUUGGCCCUUUGCAAAAUGCCAUCUUGCAACGUUAUGCUGCUUGGUGUACAAAAGAAGACUAGUACCGGAUUUUCUAGUGCAUCAACGCCUAGACAUACCGGAUAUUUGUUUCAAUCAGAAUUGAUCCAGAGGACUCCGCAAGAUCUCAGAAUUAAAGCACAAAAGAUUGUUGCAGCGAAGUGCACUUUGGCUGCCAGAAUGGAUCGAGUGCAUGAAUCACCUGAUGGUUCAUUUGGAAGAAACCUACGUGAACAAAUUGAUAAAAAACUUGAAAAGUUACAAGAACCGCCUCCUACUAAGACUGUCAAGCCCUUACCUGUACCUGAUGAAGGUCCAAAAAAAAGAAGAGCGGGAAAGAAAGUAAGACGAAUGAAAGAAGCUUAUGCAGUUACAGAAUUGCGUAAAGCCCAAAAUAGAAUGGCCUUUGGUGUUGCAGAGGAUGAAACUGGGUCAUUUGACAAAACAAAAGGUUUAGGUUUAAUUGGGCAAAAUUCGGGUAAAAUUCGGGCUUCAGUAGCCGAUCCUAGAGUCAAAGCUAAAGCGCCUAAAAGACACCAAUUUCUGGGUUCUUCUGGAGCUACUUCAGGUUUAUCAUCAUCUCUUGCAUUCACUCCUGUACAGGGAAUUGAACUUAUCAACCCAGAGGAGAGACAAAAGAAAGUAAAAGAAGCUAAUGAUAGAUACUUUGGAGGUGGCGCAUUUUUAAAGGUUGGAAAACCAAAGCAGCAACAACAAUAAAUCGCAGCCUUUAUUAUUAAAGUUAACUUACCUAGUGAAAAGAGUUAAAUUAUUAUAAUUUCUUAUGUUUAAAAUUGAUGUGUAAAUGGUCGUCGUUAAAAUCUCAUUUAUAAGUCGGUUUAUUUUCAAUUACUAAUUAAAAAUUGCUUCAAUCAUGAUUUUUUCUCAUAUCGACAAUAUAGUAACUUUCCUAGUUUAACUUCUAGAUGAAAAGUUUAUGUGUAACUUUUUAUAACUUUAGUGAAUAAAGCAAUUUAUAAGGUCAAUAAUC